UUCUAACAAGGAAAAAACUGAUUCCUCUAGUCAGCAAAAAACUAAUCCUCCCCUACAUGAAUUAAGCGACCAAGAGUUAAAAAAAUGUUUAUUAGAGGAUUUUAGUCGACGGUUGGAUUUGAAAAAAUAUUUUGUGUUUAAUGUGGGGGAACUAACUAAAGAAAAAGUAUUUCAUGGGGAGAUAUUGCCUAAUGGCGAAGUGGUUAACAAAGUAGAGUAUGGCAACUCACGCAAGGCUAAUUCAUCUCUCGCUAGGGACUUGACUAAACUAUCUAAUUCGUAUAACCAAGGAGGGAAAAAUUUUAAAGAUGAUAAUAUUGAUUAUACUUAUGGAGCAGAAGCAAUGGGAGGGAAUCGUAAAGAAAAAGUGUUAGAAGUCUUAAAAACUGAUCCCGCUCUAACUGGUUUUGUAGUUAUCGAUAAUUUGACCCAGAAAUUAGGAGUAGAGUUGCAACAAAAAAAAUUUAAUGGUCUUUAUUUUCAAACUAGCGAAUACCUGCUCUUAAAGCCCCAAACUUAUAUGAAUAAUUCGGGUGAGUGUAUAACGGCUUUUCUAAAUUAUUUUCGUAUUCCGUUGGAUAACUUGUUGGUAAUUUGUGAUGAUAUCGCUUUACCAUUAGGGAAAUUUCGUUAUCGCAGUCAAGGUUCAGAUGGAGGUCAUAAUGGGAUGAAAAAUAUUAUUAAUUUAUUAAAAAGCAAGAAUUUUAAAAGGCUAAGAGUUGGCAUUGACUAUGACCGCAAUUUACUGAUUAGAGAUUGA